AUGGGAGUCUUUUAUACUUCUUCUGUGUUGGAAACCUCUGAGCAUCAUGUGUUACCCUGGGAUCUCUUACUCACAGAGUCCGAGGCGGAAUGGACCUCGAUACAGCCGUCGGUGACAGUAUCAAGGCCGGGAGAGCAGCGCCCCUCAUGCUCUGAGACGCAAAUGGAGGAAGAGGUGAAGAAGGAGCUUGCCCUCAAGCAUCCUGACUGA